GAAAUAAAACACCGAGUUCAAAACAUUGUCACAGUUUAGUGAUUCCGGCAGUCUUUGAAUAGAAGCCUGUAAUUCCUGACAUGAGUCACAAGACGACCUGAAAUACUAUUUCUAUCAAACAUAAUCCCAAUGUAUCAAGCUUCAAGACGUGCUUUAACAAAAUGUAAAGCAUUCUUUGACAAGCACUAUCUUUUAGCAAACAUUGGAGUCUAUGGUGGGCUAUAUUGUUUGGGUGAUAUAACAUGUCAGACGAUAUCUAAUGCAAAUACAGAAUUAACUCAUGACUGGCAAAGAACCAAACGUAUGACUAUAAUCGGAUGUACAAUAUUACCCAUAAUGAACACCUAUUUUUAUCGGACCUUGGACAAAAUAAUUAUUGGCAGUUCAUCUCGAGUGGUGUUCCUUAAAUUAGUAAUCGACACAUUCGCUUGGACACCAGUGUGUUAUACUGCAUUUAUAGGAGCUAUUACACGAUUGGAAGGCAAAGAUUGGUUACAAGUCAAAGAAGAAUUAAAGAUCAAAUUUAUCCCAGUUUUUAAGAGUAGUCUCCUUAUCUGGCCUCUUGCGCAGGCAGUAAAUUUUGCAUUCGUCCAUUCACGGUUUCGAAUGGCGUACAUUUCAAUCAUUGGCUUUUGUUGGGUUAAUAUACUUUCAUAUCUUAAACAUAAGCAAAUUACCAAACCGGAAAGAAAAGAUUUGGAGUAAUUUUUUUAUUCUUAGUUUCUUAUCACAUCAUUACUCUUAUAAUAUUUUAUCAAUAUACAAUAAAAUAUUAUUGUCAAUUAUUCUUUU